GACGAGGAAUUCGCCAAAAACUACAUUUUAAAAAACCCUUUCCCAAAAUUAUUAUGGACGCCUAUGAUUGACACGAUAUCUUCACUCUGUGGAUAUCAGGUCGCCAUUUUGAUUCAAGUUUUCCUUUUUUAUUUAAAGGUGACCAGUCUUAUGCUGUACAGUUAUAGAAAAAAAAUGUAUGUAUGGUGCACUGUGUUGGUAACAAGCACCCCUUCAAGCACCAACAAAUAUUUCGAAUCGAGGCUAUAACCUACACCAAAAAAUUUGUGGUUUAUUCUCUUUCUAAGCUUAGAUAGCUAUGGAUGACAAAAUUACAUUUGUUAAAGUUGAACCAAAACAAGAAGAUGAAAUAAAUUUGUCCAUUGAAAGAAACAUUUUUGUAAGCAAUGAUUUCUUGGGUACUAUAAAAGAAGAAUAUAAUGAGAACACGACGACGAGGACAGAAUAUUGUGGUCGCGGAGAAGAUAAUUGUUCAAGUGUUAAAUCCGAAACUGCAACUUUUACAUGUACGGUUUGUGACUACACAACAGACAACGAAUCACUUUUUAAAGUACACCUUUUAACGCAUACGAAUACUAAAGAUUUUAAAUGUGCACACUGUGACUAUGUAUCAAAUGUGAAGAAGAAUUUGAGGCACCAUGUCAUAAAACACAUUGUUUCAAAAGUGUUUAAAUGUGACGUUUGUUAUUAUGCCACAAAUAAGAAGUUCAAUUUAAAGCAACAUUUACUAAAACAUAACGAUUCAAAAGAUUUUAAAUGUGAUGUUUGUGAUUAUGCAACAAAUACUAAGAGGUAUUUGAAGAAUCAUUUGCUAAAACACAACGUUUCAAAAGAUUUUAAAUGUAACAUUUGCGAUUAUGCCACAAAUAUUAAACGCCAUUUUAAAUUACAUCUUUUAACACACAAAGAGUCGAAAGACUAUAAAUGUGAUAUUUGUGAUUACGCAACAAAUACAAAGCACUAUUUAAAGAAACAUCGCCUAAUACACAAUGAUUCCAAAUUUUUUAAAUGUGAUACUUGUGAUUACGCCACAAGUAUUAAAUGCCGUUUGAAGUCGCAUUUUUUAACACACAGUGAUUCGAAAGUUUUUAAAUGUGAUAUUUGUAAUUAUGCCACAGGUAUUAAAAGGCUGUUAAAGUCGCAUCUCUUGACACACAAUAAUUCCAAAGAUUUUAAAUGUAAUUUUUGUGAUUAUGCCACAAGUAUUGAAAAGCGGUUUAAGUUGCAUCUCUUAACACACAAUGAUUCGAAAGAUUUUAAAUGUGAUAUUUGUGAUUAUGCAACAAAUACGAAGAGCUAUUUGAAAAGACAUAUCUUGAUACACAGUGACUCAAAAGAUUUUAAAUGCGAAAUUUGUGAUUAUGACACGAGUAUUAAGAGCCGCCUUAACUCGCAUCUUUUAACGCACAAUGUUUCAAAAGAUUUUAAAUGCGAUAUUUGUGAUUAUGUAACAAAUACAAAGCCCAAUUUGAGGCAACAUAUCUUAAUACACAAUGAUUCAAAAGAUUUUAAAUGUGGCAUUUGUAAUUAUGCAACAUACACCAAGUACAAUUUGAAGCAACAUCUCUCAAUACACAAUGAUUCGAAAGAUUUUAAAUGUGAUAUUUGUGAUUAUGCAACUAAUAUGAAAUACUAUUUGAAGAAACAUGUCUUAAUACACAAUGAGGCGAAAGAUUUUAAAUGUAGCAUUUGCAAUUAUGGAACAAAUAUUAAAAGCCGUUUUAAGUCACAUUUCUUAACACACAAUAGUUCGAAAAAUUUUAAAUGUGAUAUUUGUGAUUAUGCAACAAAUAAAAGCUACUAUUUGAAGCAACACCUCUUGAUACACAAUGAUUCAAAGGAUUUUAAAUGUGAUGUUUGUGAUUUUGCAACAAAUGCGAAGUCCAAUUUGAAACAACAUUCCCUAAUACACAAUAGUGCAAAAGAUCUUAAAUGUGAUGUUUGUGAUUAUGCAACAAACACUAAGAACAAUUUGAAGCAACAUCUCUUAAAACACAAUCCCUUAAAAGUGUUUAAAUGUAACGUUUGUAAUUAUGCAUCAAAUAUUAAGGGCUCUUUUAAGUCACAUCUCUUAACACAUAAUGACUCAAAAGAUUUUAAAUGCAAUUUUUGUUCUUAUGCAACAAAUACUAAGCAAAGUUUGAGGCAACAUCUCCUAAAACACAAUCUUUCAGAAGUGUUUAAAUGUGGCGUUUGUGAUUAUGUCACAAGUAUUAAAACUUCAUUUAAAUCACAUCUCUUAACGCACAUUGAUUCGAAAGAUUUUAAAUGUGAUAUUUGUAAUUAUGCGACAAACACUAAGCAGACCUUGAGGCAUCAUCUUUUAAAACACAAUGCUUCUCAAGUUUUUAAAUGUGCCGUUUGUGAUUACGCCACUUAUAUUAAAAGCCGUUUUAAUUCACAUCUCUUAACACACAACGAUUCGAAAGAUUUUAAAUGUAAUAAUUGUGAUUAUGCAACAAAUACUAAGAGUAACUUGAGGAAUCAUGUCGUCAAACACAAUGUUUCAGAAAUUUUCAUAUGUCACGUUUGUGAUUAUGUUACAAACAUUAAACGCACUUUGACACGACAUCUCUUAUCACACAAAUCAUAUAAAGAUUUCGAUUGUGGUCUUUGUGAUUAUGCAACAAAUACUAGGUACCAUUUGAAACGACAUCUCAAAACACACAAUAGAUCCAAAAAUUUUAAAUGAGGCUUUGGAUUAAUAUUUGGUGUUUCACAAACUGUAUUCUAACACACACAGUUUUUCGAUUUGACAUUUGUUAAUAACACACAAUGGAUCUCGAAUUUUAAAUGUGACCUUUGUGAUUAAUAACUGAGACCGGUUUGAAACGAAACGCCUUAAGUAGCAACACAUUUAUGUAUAGUAUGUAUAGGAAUUAUCCAAUACGUUGUUAGAAUUAUAAUAAAUUGCGAGAAAAUUUAAAUAAAUUAAAAUAAAGAAUGUGUGAAUUACAUGUAAACUGCUCUAUGUAAAUAGUUAUGAGUACAUAUAUUAUGCAUUUCUAUUUAUCUGUAUCUGUAUAUACGAAUGUAUAAUAAACAUGUAGGUAUUUCUU